AUGUCAGCCAAAUCGUUCGAGGUUUCAGACCCAGUCAAUUCCAGUCUUAAGGGGUUUGCCCUCGCUAAUCCUUCUAUAACCCUAGUGCCUGAAGAGAAAAUCCUUUUCAGGAAGACUCAAUCAGAGAACAUUGCCUUGAUCUCCGGUGGUGGUAGUGGUCAUGAACCUACACAUGCUGGGUUUAUUGGUAAGGGUAUGUUGAGUGGUGCCGUUGUCGGUGAAAUAUUUGCGUCCCCUUCUACAAAGCAGAUUCUAAACGCAAUUCGAUUGGUAAAUGAGAACGCUUCUGGUGUUUUGUUGAUUGUUAAGAACUACACUGGUGACGUUUUGCAUUUUGGUCUAUCUGCUGAAAGGGCCAGAGCCUUAGGUAUCAACUGUCGUGUCGCUGUCAUCGGCGAUGAUGUUGCAGUUGGCAGAGCUAAAGGUGGUAUGGUUGGAAGAAGAGCAUUGGCGGGUACCGUUUUAGUUCAUAAAAUUGUGGGUGCCUUUGCCGAAACGUACUCUAGUAAAUAUGGGUUGGAUGGUACUGCUAAAGUGGCCAAGAUUAUCAAUGAUAACCUGGUGACCAUCGGUUCCUCCUUGGACCAUUGUAAAGUUCCUGGCAGAAAAUUCGAAAGCGAAUUAAACGACAAACAAAUGGAACUAGGUAUGGGUAUUCAUAAUGAACCUGGUGUAAAAGUCCUGGAUCCAAUUCCUUCUACUGAAGACUUGAUUUCCAAAUACAUGCUACCAAAGUUAUUGGAUCCAAACGACGAGGAUAGAGCCUUCGUGGAUUUCGACAAAGAUGAUGAAGUUGUCUUAUUGAUCAACAACUUGGGUGGUAUUUCUAAUUUCAUCAUCACUUCUAUUGCCUCCAAGACUACCGACUUUUUAAAGGAAGCCUAUAACAUAACACCAGUUCAAACGAUUGCUGGUACUGUAAUGACAUCCUUUAACGGUAACGGCUUCAGUAUAACAUUAUUGAAUGCAACUAAGGCAACAAAAGCAUUACAAUCGGAAUUUCAAGAAGUCAAGUCAGUAUUGGAUUUGUUGAACGCCUAUACAGACGCACCAGGCUGGCCAAUUUCUGAUUUCGAAAAUACUCCUGCACCAUCUGUCAACGAGGAUCUGUUACAUAACGAAGUUACAGCAAAGGCGGUUGGUACCUACGACUUUGACACCUUUGCCAAGUGGAUGAAGAGUGGUGCUAAACAAGUUAUCGAGAGCGAACCACACAUCACGGAAUUAGACAACCAAGUUGGUGAUGGUGACUGUGGUUACACCUUAGUGGCUGGUGUUAAAGGCAUCACUGACAACCUAGACAAGUUAUCAAAGGAUGCGUUAUCUCAAGCCGUUGCCCAAAUAUCAGACUUCAUUGAAGGCUCAAUGGGUGGUACUUCCGGUGGCCUUUACUCUAUCCUGUUGUCUGGUUUUUCGCACGGGUUGAUCCAAGUCUGCAAGUCAAAGGACGAACCUGUCACUAAGGAUAUCGUGGCCAAAUCGCUUGAGAUUGCACUUGACACUCUAUAUAAAUAUACAAAGGCAAGAAAGGGCUCAUCCACCAUGAUUGAUGCUUUGGAACCGUUCAUCAAGGAAUUCACUGCAUCCAAGGAUUUCGGCAAGGCCGUUCAAGCCGCCGAAGAAGGCGCUAAGUCUACUGCAACAUUCGAAGCCAAAUUCGGUAGAGCCUCGUAUGUCGGCGACUCCUCUAAAGUGGAAGAUCCUGGCGCAGUUGGUUUAUGUGAGUUCUUAAAGGGGGUUCAGAGUGCCUUCUAA